AAUGCAAAGCUUUUUAUUUAUGACCGAUUACUAUGAUAGUGCAGAUUUUGGCACUCCCACAAGUGCAUUGACCGAAACAAAAGGUAUUAGAGUUGAGCAGUCGCAUUUGCGAAUUGACAAAAUGUCCAGCAAAGUUUUUGGACAUCAUAAUAUUCAAACACUUAAAGAAGCUUUGGAUAAAUUUUUUGAAAUAUUACUAUGCUCAAUAGUCCCUCCAGAAAAACAUGAUAUCAUGUCUUCCAAGGAACUUUUAGAAAGGCUUAGCGCUUUAGAUGAGAAAGAGUGGGGUAGUGUCAGAGAUAUUUUUCUUCUGGAUUCUUUCCACGGAUACUCAGAUGGAAACUUUAAACCGGAAGAACUUAUUGACCCAAGUAAAUUACUUUUAGAUUUAGUAUCAGCAUUAAAUCAUAUGAAUUCGGAAAUGUGUUUAAUUUUAAAGGAAAAUGAGAAAAGAGAAAAUGACUUGAAAAACAAAAUAAAAGGUCUUCACGAAAGACUUUAUACAUUAGAGUCGGAAUUGUUAAACGCAAAGAGGUCGGGCUCACAAUUAAAUACUGAUCGAGUUGCUUACUUAGAAGCGAAUUUAGAAGAAAGGACCAAAACAAUAGAAAGACUUCAAAGAGAGUCAAAUGUUUCUUUAUGGGGUAAGGAAAAGGAAAGAUUAUUGGCUGACACAAAGAAAAAGCAAGAAGAUAUGGAAAAUACAAUUAAAGAAAAGUCGUCUAGAAUCGAGGCACUUACUAAGAAAAUUCAGAAUUUAGAAAAUAAUCAGAAAAUGCAGUUGCUAAAGCAAGAAUUACAAAUAAAAUCAACAGACGAAUCUGGUAAAAAAUUAGAUGAAAUGGAAAAAAAUGUAUUUAUGGUUAGAAAAGACAUUAACGUACUACAAGCUGACAUUUUUAAUUUAAAUAAAUAUAUCAUCGGUAUUUGUGCCGGGCUUCGGAGUGAUAUUAGUCACACUGUUGAUCUUGUCGAAAAGUGGGAUAAGGAAGAAGUUACUAAACAUAUUUAUAAUUUAAUGUCCAGAGUCGAAAAAAUAAGACUUGCUGCUAAACAAGGUAAAUUAGGAGCCUUAAGAGCGGAUUUACCGGAUACUUAUAUUGCUAUUGACAGGGACGUUGAUGUUGUUCCUGGUAGAAAAUUAUCCGUGAUUGGAAGACCCAUCGAUAUACAAUCAUUACGACGGCCAAAAACGCCCGACGAUGCCAGAAAAAAAUUAUUAAUUACAGAGACUGACGAAAAAUCUAAAAAUGAAGCUGAUCCAGCCAAACCGAUCAUUGAUCAUCCAUCUGUUCUAAGAGACGACGGUUCCGUAGAUUAUACAAAAUGCAUGAAACUAUUUCCAUUUAUAAAGCAGGCGGAUAUAGAUGAACAUUUUCAAAAUUUUCGACAAUAUGAUAUAAACGGAGACGGAAGCUUAGAUUUGAGCGAGUUGACUACAGCAAUGAAAACAACUGUUUCCAAAGACUUUACUGCUAGAGAUUUAGCCGAUGUCAUGUUUGAAGUUGAUGUUGAUAACUCUCAAACUAUCGACUUUUAUGAAUAUUUAUUAAUUGUAAAUAUGAUAAUUAAUAGACAAGGAAAAUCAGCUAUAUUUAGAAGUGAAAAAUUACGGAGAGAGGAUAAGCAUGUAUCCAAGCUAUGCGUCAUUCAAUAA